CCAACGACGAGCAGAAAACUCGAGAGCUACUAGUACGUGAGGUGUCUAUCUGGGGUGACACAUCGUGCUUUUUAAUUGCUGUGAAUUCGGUUAACAAAGAAUUUAUAGCGGAAAAAGCGUGCCAGACACUUCUCAACAAUAUCUGGAAUGGAGGAUUGGCCAAUGAAAAUAGUUUUUUCAGGAGGGCGGAAACCGUCUGUGGAAAUGACAACAGACAAACAUCAGAUCACCCCAAGAGAGAAGCUGUAUCAUUUCUUCAAAGCACCAGUGAUCAUCUGCAUGUACAAUGUGCUGUCUUACAUCAUCUUCCUAAGCAUGUUCGCUUUCCUACUCAUAUUCAACUUCGGAUCGAGUUUAUCUCCACUGGAUAUUGCUCUUAUGGUGUGGGUGUUUACCAUUUUCACAGAGGAAGUGCGACAGAUGGGAUCCCCCAUCCCCUCAAAAAUGUGCUCUAAACUGCAUGUUUACAUCUCUGAUGUUUGGAACAAGCUCGAUAUCUUUACCAUAGUGCUCUUCAUAACUGGAAUGACAGUUCGUUUCUUGCCGUAUGAUGGUGCACUUGAGGCUGCUCGCGUGAUGCUUGCGUUAAACUUCAUAUCAUUUUGCUUGCGUCUGCUGCACAUUUUCUCUGUGCACAAACACCUUGGACCCAAGCUUGUAAUGAUGCCCAAAAUGUUGGAAGACUUGAUGUACUUCAUCGUGAUCCUGUUGGUCUUCGUUGUGUCUUACGCCAUUGCCUCGCACUCCAUACUGUAUCAUAACUCCCUUCUGACCUGGAAGACGGUAGUGCAAGUCUUCCGAAAGUCCUACUGGAACAUUCAUGGAGAGUUAUUCAUCGACGAAAUUGAAGGUGACCAAGUGUGCACGUUUGAUGAGAUGUUGUGGAGCAACGGUACAUACCCACGCUGCCCUAGUGAUGUGGGCAAGAUCAUGGGUCCGAUCCUAAUGGGCGCCUACAUAAUGGUGGCGAGCGUGCUUCUUCUCAAUGUCCUCAUUGCCAUGUUCACUUAUACCUUCGAGAAAAUGCACGCAGAAACAUACAAACACUGGUGUUUUCAUCGAUAUUCAUUAAUCAGCGAGUACGACAGGAGACCUGUUUUAUGUCCUCCCUUGAUUUUGAUGAACCAUGUGGCCUUACUAUUCAAAUAUGUGUAUAUAAGAUGUCGCAAAGACGAGAACGAUCAACUACGUAACAGAAAUUUUAGUAAGUAUGUGUAA